AUGGUGGGGCAGAGUCCCUUGAACCCCAGCGAGAGCAGGACCCCCGUCCUCCUGGAGCCCUUCGUCCACCAGGUGGGCGGCCACAUGAGCAUGAUGAAGUACGACGAGCACACGGUCUGCAAGCCCCUGGUCUCGCAGGAGCUGAGCUUCUACGAGUCGCUGCCCUUGGCCAUGAGGCAGUUCACGCCCCAGUAUAAAGGCAUCGUUUCCGUGCACCUCAAAAAGGACAGCCUGGGCAACCUGACCCUGCUCGCCAGCCCCAGCCUGCAGCAGGACGGCUGCAGCCGACGGGACCGCGCCAUCGGUGACCCCGCGGUGACGAUAUGGCACAAGUGGGCGGCCAGCCCCGGCACCGGCAGCGAGCGGGCGCUCGUCAAGAGGAGCCACAUGCAGCUCUCCAAGACCUUCAAAGAGAGCUGCCCGGGGAAGAGGCUAUUGAGGACAGAGCUGCAGUACCACACAGAUUCACUUCUGGAAGUGAAUGCGAACGGAAACCAGGCAGAAAGAAAGAGCUACAACCCCUGGGGACUGCACUGUCACCGGCAGCACCUGAACCGCAUGUCCUCCAAGCAUAAUGAGAACAAGCUUCAUC